AGUUUCAACCCCACGUUAGCUCCACACACCUUACUUAAAAAAAACCCCACAGUUGAAACACCUCAACUACUACCAUCUUACCCGCCAUUUCUCUUUCUUCAUUAACCAACAAUGAAAAGUCCAAACACUCAAUAUUCCGGUCGCCGGAGAUCUAAUUCCGGCACUGGAUCUAUAUCCUCCACCUCCACAGAUCAUAUGACUCGAUCACCUACUUCAUCCACUUACUCAUCCACUACUACAAUUACUUCUCAUAAGUCAAGUAGAAAUCCGGUCAAAUUCGUCGCAGAUGCCUUCGUGUCAUGUUUCACUCCUCCAGAGUCUAAAUCUUCGAGUACCAACUUUGAUGAUUCUGAUUCGUUUAAAGCUCCUUCAGUUGCAUCUAAUGGCGGAAGGGAGAAGAGACGUAGUAGCAGUAGCAGUAAAGGUCGAGGCAUAUAUAGUGCUGAAAAUAAUUCACCUCACACAAACGAGGCAGGGAGUCUUAAAUGCACCAUGGAAGAUAUCUACAAAGCCACAAAGAACUUUUCCCAAAGCCUUAAAAUCGGUCAAGGAGGUUUUGGGAUAGUUUACAAGGGUCGCCUUAAUGAUGGAACAGUUGUUGCAAUCAAACGUGCCAAAAAGACUAUGCAUGAUAAACAUUCGGGAGCUGAAUUUCAAAGUGAGGUUCGAACUUUAGAAAAAAUAGAACAUCUGAAUUUAGUAAAGUUUUAUGGGUACUUGGAGCAUGGUGAAGAAAGGAUUUUGGUGGUUGAGUAUGUUCCUAAUGGAACUCUUAGAGAACACUUGGACAGUGAGUUCUUGAUCUUGAUUCUGAGUUUUCAUUUUCCAUCGAUGUUUUGCUGUGGCAUUCACAAUUGUGGCUUUCAAUACUUAUCCAUCAAAGUGAUGCUAUGUAAUGAUGUAGGUGUUACUGGAAAUGUUCUUGAUUUCGCGUCAAGACUAGACAUUGGAAUAGAUGUAGGACAUGCAAUUACAUAUUUGCAUAUGUAUACAGAUCACCCUAUUAUCCAUCGAGACAUCAAGUCUUCUAAUAUUCUCCUCACUGAAAACCUUCGAGCUAAGGUGGCCGAUUUUGGUUUUGCAAGGCUAGCAGCUGAUGCUGAGUCAGGAGCCACACAUGUUUCUACCCAAGUUAAAGGAACUGCCGGCUACUUAGACCCUGAAUACCUUAGUACUUAUCAACUUACUGAGAAGAGUGAUGUCUACUCAUUUGGUGUUUUACUUGUGGAACUUGUCACUGGAAGGCGGCCUAUCGAGCCAAAAAAGGAAAUCAAAGAGCGCAUUACUGCAAGAUGGGCAAUGAAGAAGUUCACCAGUGGAGAUGCAAUUUUAACUUUGGAUCCAAGGCUAGAAAGAUCUGCAGCAAAUAGUUUGGCCAUGGAAAAAAUUUAUGAAUUAGCUUUGCAAUGUUUGGCUCCUCAUCGACACAACCGGCCUACCAUGAGAAAGUGCGCUGAGAUUCUAUGGAGUAUCCGCAAGGAUUACAGAGAACUAGCAGGCUAAAAUACCCGCUCUCUCUUUCAGUCUCUCGACUCACGAGCAUGUGAUUUUGUGUUACAUGUACACAUAAAAGGUAAGUUGCAGGGAAUGUAUUUAGGAUGGUGAGAAAGAUAACAAUCAAAAGAAGACGAUAAAUUUUUGUCUGGAGUGAAGUGAUAGUUACAUUGAUAUUGGAAUGUAAUGAUAAUUUGUAGAAACUAUACAAUCUUGACUUGUUCCAUUCA